CAUUUCCAACGGGUGACGCGAGUGUUGCGGCGAAGCGCAACCAGCAGGCAUCGCAGGCAACCCAUCCCAAGACAGGGCGCAUCGAGCGCAGCGAUGGCGUUCAAGACGUUGCGACGGGCGUUAAGUCAGAUCUUGCUGGUGACGAUCGGCACCUGCUUGGGACUCUGGGUGUGUCUCAGGAUCGGCUUACAGGUGCUGUUUAAAGGGAAGUCCAUACUGACGCCCAAGCAGCGUCCCGAAGAGCCGGCGUGUCUCCGCGACCCGGCUCUGGGAUCCCACGAAUUCGUCACUUUGCAGGAUGUGACGCUGCACUACGUGUCAGCCGGAAGUCACGACAACCCGCUGAUGGUGUUUGUGCAUGGUUUCCUGGACACGUGGUACACCUGGGAGAAGCAGAUACGGCACUUCCAAAAGGACCACUGGGUGGUCGCUGUGGACCUGCGCGGCUGUGGCCUGUCCAGCAAGGCACAGCAAGUGGAGGACUACCUCAUGUCACGUACAGUGGACGAUAUCAGGAGACUCAUUUUGUCAUUGGGCCGGAGGAAGGCGAUUCUGGUGGGCCACGGCCUGGGCGGCAUGGUGGCCUGGAUUCUGGCCACCAAGCACGAGGACAUGGUCGACCGCCUGGUGGUUGUCAAUGGCCCCCAUCCGUUGGCUUUCCACUACCAGCUUGAAAACAGCUUUGCACAGAUGCUCAAGUCGUGGUACAUGGUGACCUUCCAGAGCCCCAAACUGCCCGAAGCCGUGCUCAAGGCAAACGACUUCGAGCUCAUCGACAAAGCUCUUGGGCCAUCGCAGGUGGACGUCAAGGAGGUUGCGAAGUAUUCCCUCUCACGGCCAGGAGCUCUCACGACAGCGUUGAAUCACUACCGCGCCCUGUGGCGGAGAGACGAGCGCCUCCGAGACCUGCGCUUCCGCUACCUCAACACGCCAACGCUCAUCGUGUGGGGCCAGCGUGACCGCUACCUGACGCUCAAACUCGCCCAGCUCAGCAUCCUGCAGGCCUUUGGUCGUGUGGAGUACCUGGCCGACGCGGGACAUUGGGGGCACAGGGAGCGGGCCGACCGGGUGAAUGACCUCAUCCGGCAAUUCUUCAAAAGCACCGAGGCCCUCUGCUAGCGCCUGGACAGUGCCCGUGAACGUUUACAUGCGAGUGUGUGACUGGAAAAACAGCUGUGCUUUUCUAGUGAAGCAAGAGUUCCAGGACUCGUGAGACUCCCGAACGCUAUUGUUGUGCGUGCAUGAACGUGGAAAUGCAAAUGUCCAGCUCUGACUCAACUCAAGCCAAGCCACUCUGCCAUUUGAAAUGGUGUCUUUAAAUAGAGGUGCAAUUGUGAAUAGUUUGGACCAUAUCAAUGAAAAUGGGCCGUACUUGUCGUGGUACUGCAUGGGUUGUAGGCCAUCAUGCACAGCUGAGUUUGACGGUGUGGUGUUUGAGAUGUGAGAAGGCUUUUGAUGGCUCAGUUCGCCUUCUUCCGUAGGUCUCAGUGAAGCUUUUUCUUCUUGUUAAGCUUCACAGAGUGUAGUACUUUGCUGCGACAAACAUGUGGGGAGGCAUGUGAGAAUGUAAACUAGUGCUGUAAUUCUUGGCUGACUUCUGUCAAAUUAGUUCUUAGAAGAAUCACGAGAAUUGUGCUCUGUGCACCAUGCAUGUGGUGGCAUCAUGUCACACUGGGGGCGCAUUUUAUUUAUCACUCUUUGAUUGUGCAAAGCUUUUGCUUUUCUAUUUUUUUUUUUAAGUGCACCGAUUCAUCUGUAUCAAGCAGAUAGACACAGUAGCUCCUGUGGUGGUGGACAGCUUUUUAAAUCAGUUGUCUUUAACUUUUAUGCCAUUGAGUCAAUUAAUUAAUGUGUGGUCAUGUCAUUGUGUUGCAGACAAUGAUAUCACUGAUCUUGUUUCUUUUUUUCUUAUCUGUUCCCUAACGCAUGCAGUAAGGACUGAUGGGCAUCCACUAGGUGGUGCUUAGCCAGAAUGUUUUGAUAGAAGAAGAACUUCAUUCCGAAGUGUUUUGAGAUGAGUCGGCAGAGCGAUGGAGGGGCUGAGAGAGCGGGGGCUUGUUAAGUAUUGAAAGAAAACUCAAAAUUCUCAGAUCCUGGGAGGGGAGGCGCUUGCACAGGUGGGGGUGUUUGAUUGGUGUUUUACGGUACUUGCAGACAGCUUUUCUUGUUUAUGAAGCGAAGGCUGCAGAAACAAAGCGGGGCCUGUUUUACCACUGUUGGAAAUAGUCAUACAGUUUUGUUCACAUUUUCUUAGUAGGAAAUGAAAAAUAAUAUAUUUUUUAUCUUUUAACCGCCGAAUUUUAAAUAAUACAUAACAUUCACCAGUCAGCUACUGGUAUUUUAUUGUAUUUUUAGUUUGCCCUUUCGAGCUUCCGUGCAUCUGAGACCGUCGCAUGUUUUACACAUUCCUCAAAGGCAAAAUGGUGCACACAUCUUUUCGUGAGCGUUCGUCACUUGCUGUCCUGCCAAUCAACUCUCCUGAGGGCUGUUGAAGAAGUUCAGCAACAAAAGACUGCUAAAGCACACAAAACAAAUGCUCACAGCGUCUGCGCUGUUACUAAGCGAACCGCCUCUAGAAAUUGCAACCAUUGGCAUGUACAAACGAGUGAGCAAGCUAGCUGACUGCAGCAUUGGCACUUCCAACGCCAGCGUCGGUUGCGCGUUCCAAGUCCCAACCGACGCCGAGGUCAAACGGCCGCUUUGGGGUUCCGGUGCAGGCUGCGUUGCUCGCUGUUCUGAACUGUUCAGAACUGUUCAGAACUCAGUACAUAUCAUAUUAUAUAAACAUUUAUUGAUUCACAUCAGGUUGUCUCUUCCUUCAUUAAUGUAAAAAAACUUGUGCGAAGUUGAAGAAACCAAAACCAGUGCCGAGCUCGCCUGGACUAUAUACAGAUGUACUCCUUUGCAGAAGCUCCGCCCCCGUACCUUUCUCUUCAUAGGCAAGAAAAGUUGUCCACAAGUAUAGAACGGUGGUCUUUAAUGAUGCCAUUUUGAAACACGAAAUGCCACUUUUUCAAGGUUUGAAUGCUGCUGCAUUGACGUGCAGGUGAGAACAACUUUCAACUAUUGCAACUUUUUUUAUGCUCCUCUGGAAGCAUCGAGACAGCACUGCCUUUUUAACCUUAUUUUCAUUUAGGCCGUACUUUAUAACUUAACUGAUUGCAUAUCAUAUUGACCGCAAAUAAAGACGGGGACAGCAGACGAGAACACAUAAACAACACGGGCAGUAUUUAUUGCAAUAUUUAUUUGCGGUCAAUAUAAUACGCAGUAAACACCAACUAGGCCAAACUGAAGUUCCUCUUAACUGAUGGGGUUAGUUGGUGUUGAAACAUCUUGUGGGAAAGCACUUUCGCACGAGAUAUUUCUUUAUAGUUGCACAGCAUGGCAUUGUGGUGGGGGCUUUUGGAGUAGAUGAAAAAACAGCGCAGUAUAGAAAAAGAGAAAGUUGUGGCUAAAGAAUCCAUACAACCAGCCUUUUGAGACAGAGUUUAGGGAUGGUGCAGCUUUAAACUAGGGCAUUAAGAGUUUGGAAUCAAAUGUUACUGAUUUUGCAUGCCUGUCAUGUGCUCUUCUGAAUGUAUCUGUCGUAGAGUUGCACAAAUUUUGGCAACUGCAUCAACAACGAUUCCUUCGUUGCAUAAAAACGAUCAAACUCAAUAUUUAUGCAUUUGCAGUAGGGCCCCAUUUUUGCUCCCUGCAGGUUUACUCGGGGGGGGGGGGGGGGGGGUUGAGGGUCUGUGUAUUCAUACUGACUGCAUUCCAAUAUACCUCAAUGUAACGAAUCAUCAGAUAUAACAAACCUGGCACAAAAUUUUGUUGGCAAUUACUUAUUUCAAUUAGUGUUUUACUGCUAUAACAAAGCAAAAUUUGGUAUACACUUCGGCAUAGAAUAUAGCGAAGCAAAUUUAGUUCGCACAUGUCUCCAAGUACUAGGCACACCAGCAGCUAAAAGCUGCAACCCUCGCAGCUUCGCAUGCUCUCCUUUGUGCAGCUAAACCAUUAUACUGAAAAGAUAUGUGCUUUGGUUCUUGGUGCUAUUAACGAAAAGCAGAGUCCAUCUCAGACGAAAGCUUUGGCUUGGCCUGGUUUGGUUUGCAUAGUUCUGCAGCUCCAACCAUGGAUUUGUUAGCAGCAAUUUUUGUUUGUUCUUUUACAACGAACUUGUGAUACAACGAACAAAAUUUUGCUGUGAAUGCAAAUAAUUAAAUUGUGGGGUCAACUGCAUAUACUCUCUGUUGCAGCUGCUGUGAGCCACCUUUAGCCUCCUUUUUUCUUUAGAAGAUAUUUAUCUAGCGCAAUGUUUUUAUCCUAGAGAGAAACAAUAUUUAAUAGAAGUAUGUUCACCUAUGUCUAUGGUAGACAGAAAUGACAAAAUUUUAAUACUCAACGAGUAUACCUUUUCCUUUACAACCAUAUUUCAAAGUGUACAGGUAACAGAGACAUGGUGGUUACAAAAAUGCCUUUUUGGCAGCAAUAGUGGUAGUUGCGGUCCUUUAUUCUUGCUGUAAAUUUUCUAUGAUAGUGCUAGUGCUGCAUGGCAAAGCCAUCAAAAAGUUGCGCUAUGGCAGCUAUCCCGUAGUUGUUGAUUACACCACUACGACUUACUUUAGCUACACCUAAAACAACUGUACUAUAAUUGGUAGAUGCAGUUUCACAAAGGUUGAAGAAAUUAACUAAAUGUUACGAAGGUUACAAGUGUGGCUCUUGUGUGUGUUAAAACAAUCAAACUUGCAAUAUGCACGGUUUUGUACAAAAGCGACAAAUCCAAUUCUCUGCGGGGGGUAGUGACAGUGGUUUUUGUAUUGUGGUAAUGAGCAGUGUACAUGACAAUGCAGUGGUCUCGUGACUUUGCUGUGGCUUUGUUUUUUUAACUUUAUGGUGUCACGGUACUCAUUUUGGGGCAUUUUAUGAUUCCCGCAUAUGUGAAUAUGCAAGGAAGUAGUAUAAUAGUACAGCUCAUGCUGAGGCAGUAAUGCCAUGACAGUGUGGCAGUUGUGAUUUAAAACCACUUUUUUCACUGCUUGUUUUAUGAGCCAGAUCUCUGCUGACACUGUUACAAACACAUGUAGCUGUUUGUGCCAAAUUGUAGACAUGAUUCUGUCUGGGCAUGGGCACAGUUUGGUAUGUUUCCAAUCUUGCGGUGUUCACUUUCAUUACUAUCAGGUGUCAGUAGAUGUUUGUAAUGUUUGACACUCCUCAGAAAUGGGUGUAUUUUGAUCUGUCAAGAAGGCACAUGAAAAGCAGUGAUUAUCAUCGACAAUAAAUGAAUGAAGAGCAAAACAA